GCUAUGUCAUACAACAAAUUUAAUGUUCUUCACUGGCAUAUUGUGGAUGAUCAGUCGUUUUCCUACGAAAGUAUACUCUUCCCCGAGCUCUCGGAAAAGGGUGCAUAUACGCCGGACAAAGUAUACACGCAGAAAGACGUCGCCACACUCAUUGAGUAUGCGCGGCGGCGUGGCAUUCGCGUAAUACCCGAGUUCGACACUCCUGGACACACACAUUCCUGGGGAAAGUCCCAUCCCGAGCUGCUAACGCCGUGCUAUGGACAGCCUCAGCAGAAGGAGACGGCCAUCUAUGGCAUGCACACGGAGCGACAGAUCAUGAAUCCCAUCCUGAACGUCACCUACACGUUUCUGAAGCAUCUCUUCUCGGAGGUCGUGCGCGUGUUCCCCGACGAAUACGUUCAUCUAGGAAUGGACGAGAUCUAUCCGGCGUGCUGGAUGUCGAAUCCGCGAAUUAAACGGUUCAUGAAGAAGAACAAGCUAAAGAAAUACAAGGACCUGCAGCAGAUGUACGCGACUAAAUUGAUGAAGAUCGUGUCCCGGCUCAAAAUGAAGUACAUCGUGUGGCAGGAUCCACUCGAUGAAGGAGCCAAGGUUAGUAAGGAUGCUAUCGUCGAAGUAUGGAAGAACAUUCAGAACAUCGCUAGUGUCGUCGAGAUGGGGUACACCACGAUCACGUCUGCCGGGUGGUAUUUAGACGACAUUGGCAACAAGGACGACUGGCAAUCGUUUUACGCCAACGAACCAUAUAACUAUAUAAAACCAGAGCACCAGCCUUUAGUUGUCGGUGGCGAGGCAUGUUUAUGGGCUGAGUACGUAGAUGAGACGAAUCAUCAUUCUCGGCUAUGGCCGAGAGCGUCGGCCGUGGCUGAGCGGCUAUGGAGCGACAUGGCGGCGACUCAGAAUAUCGCUGACGCUACGUACAGGAUCGAUGACAUGAGAUGCAUGCUAUUAAGAAGAGGCAUUCCGGCUCAACCAAUCGCUCCCGGUUAUUGCGACUACGACCUUCCCGACGAGGAAGUUAAAGACGUCGACGACGACGACGACGUCGGCGACAAGUCCGACAACGGCGGCGUCUACGUGCCGACGAGAGCGCAACUCCGGACGCGCAUUAUGAAGACGAUAGGCUUCAACUUCCUCGGCUCGCAGGCGAUGCUGCUAUACGGCGCCUGUCUGCUGGUGCUGGCGUUCCUCAUGGCCAGGUCGAAGUGCAUGCAUGUCACAAACAGCAUCGUGUUGCACUUAAAUCCGCAGCUGGGUCGAUAGCGACGCGCGAGCCGGGGCCGACCGAGACGACAGGCCGAUACGCGGGCCGGGGGGCAAUUAGAAUUGCGUCAGAGUCAAAAUGCAAAGCGCGCAAUUAAAGUCGGGCAAUGAGUUUGAGUGACGGUUUCGGUUAAUUAGAUCUGAUGGCUAACGACAGCCGAGCGCAAUGAAAUUAUGCGUUUGAACGAGAGCGCUAGACGAUGGGAAAUCUUAAGAAUGGUUGCUAACGACCGUUGGAUACUCAUAUACGUUCGUUGCCAGAAUGUUGCGCAUGUUUGCGUCACAUUUAUAUAAGCAAUUGUGAGGACGGAUCGGGCUAAAUGUAAAGUACGUACACAGUAGUGUGCGAAAGAAAAAUAAAAUAAAAUUCUGUAUAUAUAAUUAACGCGAAUAACAGGCCGAUCGCACACGAUAUAAUAAUAGGUUUAAUGUAAGUAAGUAAAUUUAGUAUUGAUGAUUAAAUCCGUAACAGACGCCUGGUCUGUCAAUCACGUGUAGAAAUGACAACACAAAGGUUUCCCUUCCUCAUCCCUCUCUUCCAUCCGGUGUCUUUGACUAGCAUUCACUCACGCUCUCCCGCUCUACCCCUCUCGCUGUCUUUAACAACAUACUCUUGUAUUCUCUAAUCGCCUCCUCCACGGAGGCUUUUGUAACACGCGCACGAUUAUAUUAAUACUAGAAAUUGCUGUUCCUAUAAGUCUAUACCCGAAAUAUUGUCUGUUGCUCAAGAGAUGGGUUUACGAUUAGUACAGUUAUUCUACAAAUCUUCUAAUAACUGUGUACACAAAUGUAAAUUAGGAUUCUACACAAUUACAAUGAAAUACAAUUCCCUGCAGCUAUUUAUCCCUUCUGUUCUUAGUCUUAGAGAUUCCGCAAGUAUAUGCCCCUAUCUUAUGGCAGCAAAUGGUUUUUAAGUACUGCAUACGAAUGCUUUUUAAAAGGCCUAUUGUUCUUCAUCGAAAUUAGAUUUAUUUCCUCAGUUUCGUGUUUGAGCCUCCAAAUUUCGAUGACGUAAAGGUGAUGACGUAAUUGUACGGAACGCUAGCAACGUACCCGGAAUGAUUGUCGUUGAUCUCACCUAUUAAAUGCUGCAUGCACGCAUAUUCCGGGCACGUAUCACCAUGUAAAUGUGAUGGCAGAGCUAACAUUAAAUUAUUGGGUGGCUUGUAUAUUAUCAUUCCCGCAUUUGUAUACCAGAUGAUCAUUCUUCCAUAAAGGUGGUUUUUGCGUUGUCGGUCGCAGACUAGAUCGUUCUAGGUCGUAUGUAAAUUGUGUUUCUAUUGCCGUUAUCAACUAUCUCACUGUGAUGAUUGUAUGCGUGUACUGGAACACCGACGUAGAAUAUCUAGUGUACACGAGCGCUACCAUAUUUCUGCAUAAAUGCAAGAGUGAAUGCGAAUACAGGUGUGGACAACGGUGGUGAGAUAUUUGUUCUAGGUCGCGCGUCUGAAUACGGUCUUGUUACGAGUUAAGUUUACCACGUAUACUAUAUUCAACGUUAUACCUGAAAAUAAAACUAUAAUAGGUAAAUAGCAUAUAUCAUAAAGCAGCACGUGGUGUAAUUACACUAUAACCCGGUAGUGGCUAAAUGCUCUCACACAAAUUUUUGCAGUUAUUUUAACCAAGAUUUUGGAGUGGGAUCGCUUAUUUAUAAGCAUGCGUGCGAUCCCGCCGGAGAUGAAUAUUUUUGUCAUAAAUAAUGAUAAAUAUCCCUCAAUAACACAGAAUAAUGCUUUCUCCGAUUUCCCUUUGUUUUGUAGCCGAUUUAAAUCGUGGUAGGAAUGAUCGAGUACCACUGGUUGAUUAAUCUUGCCAAUUAUAUGGAACGUCGACGUACAUGUUUAUGGAAAUUCAUUCGCGUCUAAUGACGUUCUAAUAUAGCAUUUAAAAGUGCAUUACUCUUUAAAAGCUAAUAAAUACACGAAUACGCAAGCAGUUAGCAGGCAUACGAACUUGCAGAGUAAACAUAUUGCAUAGUGCUGAUAUGCUUUACGAAUGAAUAUAUGCAAUACAUCUGUGAUGUAGACGUGCAAACAUUUUAGUCACCUUUUAAAAUUCUAUUUCAGCACUCAUUGAGCCAUUAAAUGGACAUCAAUUUUAGGCAGCAAUGGAGAGAUAAAAUAGGGUGAGAACCCAAUGAGCAUGCACGUAUUGAAAGAGUUGUAAAUACGCAUUUUUGAAAAGUACUAAACGACAUUGUAUAUUCUAUUGAUAUGCAUCAAACUAUAGGUGUUGUAGCCGCGUUCGGGUUUAUAUUUAAAUGAUCGUUAUUUAUACCUGAUUCAGCGGCUUGAAUCUCACCGACCGUGUGUUUGACAAGUGAACACCUAUGGGUAGCGUUAGUAGAGCAUGCAGUCGCUAUUCGUACACGUAUCUACGUUAUACAACUCGUUAUAUUGUUUUAAAAAAUAAGCGCGUUAAUUUGUAUUUCUGACGUGUAUAUAUUCGCUAACAUAAAUGGCACGGUUAUUUUUGUUCGGUCGGUGAGGCAUCAUGCGUUUAUAUUGCGUUGACAUCGCUGCCAAUGUGCUAGAUGCAAUCAACGAGUUGCGCUUAUCUAGCUACUUGGUUAUUAUUAGGGUUAGGCUCGGGACUUCAUUGAGGUCACCUUCAAAUAAUUGAUGUACGCGCUGUGCGCACAAUGCCUUCCAAGGCUAACAUCUGAUUGCGUUGUCCCCGUUUUUAUGUCGGAUACACGAAGACACAAAUUAACGCGGUAUUUGACGGUCAACUUGCGGCCAUAUUACAGCGCCAUCUUACGGUCAUCUUACGGCCAUAUUACUCGCCAUCUUGUUGUCAUGUUACGGCCGUAUAAUGCCAGCGCCACCUGACGGUUAUUGCAUAGACGUGGGGAUAAUAAAGAUUAUUAUCUACGUCUUUUGUUGACUGAUUGAACAAAUACAUCAAUCACAAACUUGGUGCGUUAUAAGUUAACACUUGUUCACUGUUACAGCGGCGCGAUUUCGUUUUUUAUAUGCGUCCAAGACACUUCUAUGAAACCGUUACAAUUUAGCAUGUAUAUUAAAUAUAUACGUGAACGACGUGAAGUCUGUGUACCGACUGCUGCAAGGCUUUAGAUACAAAUGGGAAUAUAAUGUUUGAUCCAUAAUCACAAUUCCAAAAUUGCUAUUAUAUACAUAUAUAGAUAGAUAUAUUCCGCAUCUAUUGUAAAGAGACUUGUCAAUGAUUCCUAAUUUCUAUCGCGGACAUGUUUUCACGCGCAACGAAGCACAGCUUGGGGCAGAAGUGCACUUUCGGUAAAAUACUAUAAAUGUGACAAUUUCAAAACCUCUUAGUUCUAAACCUCACAUAUAGGCCCCCUACAUAGACACUCUUAUUUUUAUUUCAGGUUCAUAUUUAAGUCAAAACAUAUAUAUUAUCGCUGUUGAAAUGUAAUGAUCUGUGAAUAAACUUAUGGCAAUACAAAAGAGUUGUUUCUUUUUUA